AGCGGCUGUUUUUUGUGUCAUUGCGCCCAAAAUCUUUGGAGCCAAGCAGCUCCCGCAUCUCGCCAACAACGCUAAAAAUAGCUCUUAAUAAGUCUAAUUAAGCUAAGUCAUAGGUUAUAUAGUGAUAUAAAAUCAAUUGUUAACUACAGCUUCCAAGUGCAAUAACGUGUUUAUGUUUACAUAAGCUGACGGUCAACAUCAGAGCACCUACAACAACAAUAACAACAGAAUGACAAGCAAACUACAAGAAGGAAUCCUGGUAGGAUGUGGAAAUCCCCUGCUGGAUAUUUCGGCCACAGUGCCUAUGCAUUUCUUGCAAGGAUAUGGCAUGAAGGAGGAUGAUGCCAUAUUGGCAGAGGAGCGACACAUGCCCAUAUAUCGUGAGCUGGUUGAGAACUAUAAGGCGGAAUACCUUGCCGGUGGCUCGGUUCAAAAUUCUUUGCGUAUAGCACAAUGGAUAUUGGGUCAGCCAAAGGUUGCUGUCUUCUUUGGUUGCGUGGGCAAGGAUAAUUAUGCGGAUAUAUUGAGGGAAAAGGCACGUGAAGCCGGUGUUGAUGCCCAUUAUCAAGUGAGCACAGACACACCCACGGGAACUUGCGCGGUACUCAUUACGGGCACACAUCGUUCAUUGUGCGCUAACCUGGCGGCCGCCAACAAAUUCACCAUCGAUCACCUGAAGCAGCCGGCGAAUAAGGCAUUGGUAGACAAUGCUCUAUACUACUAUAUCUCGGGCUUCUUCUUAACCGUUAACCCGCCCAGUAUAAUGAGUGUGGCUGCCACCGCCAAUGCCAAGCAGCGACCGUUCCUAAUGAACCUCAGCGCACCAUUCAUAUCGCAAUUCUUCAUGGAACCGCUGCUGAAAGUUAUGCCUUAUGUGGAUAUCAUUUUUGGCAACGAAGCAGAGGCCCAUGCCUUUGCCACAACGCAAGGUUGGCCAGCCGAUGCGGAUCUGCGUGAGAUUGGUAAACGCUUGGUGGCAUUGCCAAAAAUCAAUUCAGCGCGACCACGCAUUGCCAUACUCACGCAGGGCUGUGACCCCGUGCUGCUCAUACAGCACGAUACGGUCCAGGAGUUCGAAGUUACUCGUUUGGCGGUCCAUGAAAUUGUAGAUACCAAUGGCGCUGGGGAUGCAUUCGUUGGUGGUUUCCUAUCGCAGUAUGUGCAGGACAAGUCGCUCGAUGUUUGCAUACGUUGUGGCAACUAUGCGGCGCGCCAUAUAAUCAUGAAUCCGGGCUGCACAUAUUCCGGUGAGCCGGACUUUGUUGAAUAAAUACAAAAAACAGGAAUCACACACCAAGACACGCUCACGCUUACACACACACACACACACCGAACACAACGAACACUCGCAGAUAAGCCUGUACGAGGCAUUACGCAUGGCGCAAAUGUAUUUGUAAUUAAUGCAAAUAAGUUCUAAAAGUGACUAAGACAAUUUUGUUAACACUAAUAAUUAUUUGUACAUAUAAUCUACACACAUUCACACGCACACACAUAUAUAUAGACUCACACACACACAUAAAGACACUUGCACAUGAACCCAGUUGGCAACGAACAUGUGAGUUAUGCACGGCCUUGUCGUUUGUAAACAAUGUUAGAGCAAUAUUCGAAUUUAAAUUGAUAAUAAAAUAACAAAAGCCCAGAAAUCUAACAAAAUAUAUUUGACAGCUGAUUGGCAAGAUGACCUUAAAAUGACCCUUAGAAAAUUAUAAUUGAUAGCAAUUGCUUGAGAUUAUUUAUUUGGCAAAAGCUUUUUCAUUCGCAUCCCUUUUUUGUGUGUUUUGUUACAUUCGGUGUACGUUUAAUAACUUUGUGCGUUUAAUAACUUUGCCUUUAACGAUUGAAUCAGCGGCAGAUUAGAUAAGACACGAAUACAGCAAUAAUACGCUAGUGUGCUCAGA